AUGACGGUCAUUUUUCGCAGCGACAGAACCGUAAAUUUCGUUGGGUUUGAAGCUGUCUACAUGGCUGUGAAUGAAUCUAUUCAUUGUGAUCGAACCUUUAAUAAUCAGGCUGGAUUCAUCACAAAUCUCGGAUAUCCACAAACCACGUCUAGGGUCAUGACCUGUGAAUAUCAUCUGCGCAUGAAGACCGGCUACAAAAUUGUGUUGUCUGAAUUUAACCUUACUCUUCCGUGCAGGGCGGGGUAUUUGGAAGUUCGGUAAGA